UGUUUCGCACCCUGAUUUCAUCGAAACAAGAUGAUAUCAUUCAUUGGCUUACUGUUUGUAGGACUGGUAGCAGGUGGACCUGUCCACAUGCCUAGUGGCCCACCACUUCCACCUGCAGGGCCACCAACUUACAAUGGAAGAGGAGAGGUGCCAUUCAUAAGUUUGCCAUCUGUGCCCAAGAAUGGAACGGUUGAAAAAGAACUUGAUUUGAUCCUCACCGAGGAGCAACAUGAAAUGCUCUUUGACACUGAGGCCAACGGCAGAACCAAGAGGAAGGCCUGGAAGGGAGAGAAGUUCAGGUGGACCAACAAUGUUGUACCCUACUCCUUCAAUGGAAAUGACUAUACCGAACACCAGAAGAAGGAGAUCCGGGAGGCCAUGGACGUGUACGAGGCUGACACCUGUCUCAAGUUUAGACCAGCUACCUCAUCGGAUGUCAACAAAGUGCUCUUCAGACAGGGACAAGGAUGUAAUUCUCAACUUGGUAUGGUCGGUGGAUCACAAGACCUGAAUUUGGAUCAAAAUGGUUGCAGAUGGAAAGGUCUGUACUGGCACGAGAUCGGUCACGCCAUUGGCCUGGUCCAUGAGCAUCAACUACCGGAGAGAGACCAAUAUAUCAAGAUUAACUGGAACAAUGUCAACGCAGCCUUUUAUAGCGCCUUCAGCAAAUACAAGACUUCCGAGCUCGAUCGAUUUGGCAUCGGAUAUGAUUACUCAUCGGUUAUGCAUUAUGAAAUAAAGGCUUUCAGCCAAACUGGCGGACAGACGAUCGUACCACGUAACAAGGCUAAGGAGCCAUGGAUUGGUGAUGUGUGGAUCUCUCAGAUGUCAUUCACCGAUGUAAUGAUCGUCAAUAGGAUGUACAAAUGCGCAGAAAAAUGUCCUAAGAUUUCCUGUGAAGGUGGUUUUGUCAACAAGGAAUGCAAAUGUGUUACACCUAAAUCUUACUUUGAUUCCCACUGUAUCAAUGAACACAACGACGAAGAGGAAUGCUACGAGCGAGCCCAUAAGGGAGACUGCGACAUGCGUUAUGAUUUCAUGAACUUCAAGUGCAGGAAAGCCUGUGAUCGAUGUGCCAUGUAUGGCAUGGAAGAUCGCAUCAAGGGUCAACCAGGCGAGUGCUACAACCAGUAUUUCGACGACGCCAGGUGCGAUGCCUGGGCUGCCGCUGGCGACUGUGACAAGUAUCCAUCAUGGAUGAAGAGGCAGUGCAAGAAGUCUUGCGGAACUUGUAACAGUGAGUGGGGACAGUGCAAGAACUUGGAAUUCGACCAUUCGUGCGAUGCAUUCAAGAAACGUGGUGAAUGCGAUGCUAAUCCUGAAUGGAUGAAGAACAAAUGCCCGGACUCAUGCGGAACAUGCGGCUACAUCACCAGAGGCAAGUGCGAGAACACUCACAAGAAUGAGGAUGAAUGCUUUAAAUGGUCUCGCGAGGGCCAGUGUAAUGAUGACGAUCUGACAAGGGCUUUCUGGAUGAGGGAGAACUGCCAGGCGUCAUGUAACUCCUGCGACUUUAACCAGGGGAAAUGCGAAAACGAGUUGGAUGACUUCGAGUGCUCGAAGCUUGCAUUUGAUGGAGGCUGCUCCACCGACGCAAGGAAAGUCAGGAAGGAAUGCAAGAAGGCCUGCAACAGCUGUGAUUAUGGAGUCAGAGGACCCUGCAAGAAUCUGCUUGGGGAUGACGGUGCAUGCAAUUCUUGGGCGGACGGCGGAAGCUGUGACUUCAAUCUUGGUUGGUACCUGAUGUUCUGUGCCAGUUCUUGUAACAAGUGCGGUGCCCCUGAAGACCUCCAAGCAAAUUGCCGUGACUUGUUGGAAGAGGACAAAUGUCGACGAUGGGUUGAGAGUGGUGAAUGCGACGCCAAUGCUGGCUUCACGAGGUACAACUGUGCCAAGUCCUGUAGGUCAUGCCACCUCCUUACGACAGAGAAAAUCUGUGCUGACGUUUCUGGCGAGUACAUGUGCAAAUUCUGGUAUGACAAAGGCGAAUGUGAGAAUAAUCCUAGCUGGAUGAAGACCAACUGCAGGUUGACUUGUGGAAAGUGUGAAGCAGGCGAGAGAAUUGUUAAAGACCCAGGAUGGCCAAAAUGUGAAAACAUGAAUCCUGACGAAUCGUGUGACGAUUGGGCAAAGCGUGGAGAAUGUUCCGCCAAUGCUGUCUGGAUGAAUCGUCACUGCGGCAAAGCGUGCGAUGCGGAGUGCGGUGGGGUUGGAAAUACAGGCGGUGGAUCCGGCGGCACUACCGCCCCUGCAGUCAAAUGCACCGAUAAUCAUGAGGACUGUAAGGUGUGGGCAGAAACAGGACAAUGUGAGGCCAACCCAGGAUACAUGUUGAGCAACUGCUACAAAUAUUGCAAGUUAUCAGAAUGUGGCGGAAACACCGGUACACAAACCAAAUGCACCGAUGACCAUAAGGACUGUAAGAUGUGGGCAGCAACAGGCCAGUGCAAACCGGGCAAUGAUUACAUGUGGAAACACUGUUCCAAGUACUGCAAGCCGGAAGAAUGUGGCGGAAGACCUGGUGGAACCACUGGUACACAAGCUAAAUGCACAGAUAAUCAUAAAGACUGUAAGAUGUGGGCAGAAACAGGCCAGUGCAAACCGGGCAAUGAAUACAUGUGGAUAAAUUGUUCCAAAUACUGCAAGCCGGAUGAAUGUUAGAAUGGCAAUAACGGUGGCAGUGGCUCCAAUAAGCAAGAGGAUUGACGACUGCCUGAAUUAUAGUAUCCCAAGUCGGCUGCCAUCAAUACAAUAAUACACCCAUUGAACUGGAGUUUAGUUUAAUAAAACAGCUUUUUGCCAAAUCAAA